AUGGCCGGAGCGCCACUAGGCGUGUGCCACGUCGUUCGCCUGCAAACGCAGCGGCCUUGGGAAGAUAGGGGUUCGGGAUUGAAGGGGGCGAGAGCAGUGGGGGGAUACCCCACGUCGGGUUACCACACGAGGGGUUACCACAUAGCAGGCCUUUCUGAUAAUAAGCAUAGACCGAUCGGAAGCCGCAGGAGUAGCGUGGUUAAUGCUGCUGACGUGGCAGGGGAGAAUUCUGAGACGUCUCAGAGUGCAGAUGAUGUUACUGAUAUGGCAAAGGGGGAGGAGGAGGAGGAGCUGAGAAGGAUGAGUGACCCGGGUUCGAAUCCCAAUGGCGGCAUUAGUGUGAUUCUCGGGAUUGAGACGAGCUGUGAUGAUACGGGAGCUGCUGUGGUCACAUCUGAUGGGCGAAUUCUGGGUGAAGCCCUGGCAUCACAGGGCAAGGUGCACGCGGAAUGGGGGGGAGUGGUGCCGUCCUUGGCACGUGGGGAGCAUGAGAAGGCCAUAGAUCCGGUGGUUCAAGCAGCCCUAGAUGAGGCUGGCUUACAGCCGUCGGAUCUUUCCGCAGUAGCGGUCACGAUCGGCCCAGGGCUCAGCCUGUGCUUAAGAGUGGGGGUGAUGAAGGCGAGGAGGAUGGCGGCACAGCAUGGCAUCCCCAUCAUCCCCAUUCACCAUAUGGAAGCACAUGCCCUGGUGGCCAGGCUGACCAAUCCUGACGUCACCUUCCCCUUCCUCACGCUCUUGAUAUCAGGCGGGCACAACCUUUUGUUAUUGUCACAUGGGGUGGGGCAGUACACUCAGCUGGGAACAACGCUAGACGACGCCAUGGGUGAGGCGUUUGACAAGACAGCACGCCUGCUAGGUCUGGACUUGUCGGGAGCAGGAGGGGGAGGGGCGGCGGUUGAAGUGCUGGCAAGGGAAGGAAACAGAGAUAGAUUCAAGUUCACUGUGCCCCUAGCGCGUGUCAAGAGCUGUGACUUCUCAUUUUCGGGACUUAAAGCCAAUGUGGCUCGCUGCAUACAGAAGGAGGCCCCGGCAGCUCAAACCAUCCCUAUUGCCGAAGCAACGCCGGAGGACCGGCAGUUACGAGCAGACAUUGCUGCCUCUUUCCAGGAGGUGGCAGUGUUGCAUCUGGAGUCGAGAGUGCAGCGGGCUAUUAAAAUGGCGAGAGAAUCAGCUCCUGAGAUUGACACACUGGUGAUGGCAGGGGGAGUGGCCUCCAAUCAAGUUGUCCGCACGCGGAUAGGAGCAGUCUGCGAGCAGUCGGGGGUGAGGCUGGUGUGCCCUCCGCCCCGCCUCUGCACCGAUAAUGGGGUCAUGGUGGCAUGGGCAGGGUACGAGCGCUUCAGACUGGGAAUUAUGGAGCCUCCACCUGCUGUAGACGAAUCUGAUGAUGAUGCUUAUGUGGAGCUCAGACCGCGCAGGCCCCUGGCAGACCCCCCAUCCUCCCCCCCUGUCAGCCACCCCCUUUCAUCUUGCCCCCCCUCCCCUUCCUUCACUUGCCAUGCCUCAUCUCAUUCAUUCAUGCACCAUCAGGUGGAGCUGAGACCACGCUGA